AUGACGACACAUACCGAAACUCUAAAUGUUCUCGACGAAAUCGAAUCUCUUGUCUCCGAUCAGCUUCAAGUGGUAUCUUACAAAUGGCUAAGUCGAAACUUCUCGCUUUCAUCAAAAACUGCCAAAAGAUUGCUCAAAGAUUUCGUCGAGAAACGCGGAAAGGAUUUGGAAGUUGUAUAUACUGUUUCUGGGUGGCGAAAGAACAAUCCUUCCGAUUACCACACGAGGCUUGUAUCAAGCUCCAAACUUUCAGAAGUGGAGAAAGAGUUCAAUGGGAAAUAUUUUGCUCAGAUAUACAGUGUUCAAGCAAGCAUUCCGAUGGAUCCAGCAGCCAUUUGGAACACAGAGUUCGUACAAGCAGAAGAACUUUUCAAGGAGCCUCCUCUCGCUAAUAAUUGUUUGAGAGACAACAGGUUUUGUGGCAUCUCUAAUUCUUUUGUAAAGCGAGAUAUAGAGGGAGCCACUGUAGAUGUCACAGCCCCGCCGCGAACUGAAAGUGUGAGAAGUGCAGAACAAUCAGUCCCUAAGUUUGGCCAUCAGGCUAAAAGUGAAACUAAGACUGCUCCAGCUCAAACCCAGUCUGUGAAAUCCUCUGUGCCGGCUAAUAAAAAGAAUGGUCAGAGCGAAAAGAGUGUGAAUGGAACUGGUGGUGGUUCGUUGAAAAACAUGUGGGGUCGUGUGCCUGUGAAAGCAGAAGAUGAUUCUGCUACAAUAGAGGUCAAAAACCAUGAUCAUUCAGAAGCUCAAAAACCUUCUAACGAUGCUGAGAAGAAGAGAGGCAGUGAUGAUGAGACCCGGGAUGUCGAUUUCGGGAGAGCGGCUAAGAAUGAUAGCAGGAAAAGAAAGGUGAUAUUUGAUUUUUCCGACGAAGAAGAGUUUGAAGAUGUUAUCAGCUUAGCAUCUCCUCCUACCAGUCCAAAGAUCAAUCCACGUCCGGAAAGCGAACAAACGAAAGAUCCAGUUCCAGAAAAGCCUGACGCAAGUGUAUCUCGAGAGAUGAAAACUGAUGAACGAGAGGUCAAAGAAGAAGACAGGCAAAAAACUGUCUCUGAGAAAGAGAAAUCUAUGGCUUCGUCAAUGGAGAAGGUACAGGCCAUUAGUUCUGAAGCUGAAGUGAAGCCCUCAAAGGGAAGAAAUAGUGGAGCUCCUAGCUCACCUAAAAGGAAAAAAGUGUUGAAGACACGGAUUGAUGACCGUGGCAGAGAAGUGACUGAGGUAGUUUGGGAGGAGAAAGAAACAGACGUGAAGAAGAAAGACGACACUGAGACAAGCAAGAAGUUAAAUGAUGGCAAGAGCGCAAAUGCUGUUAACAGAGCUGCUGCGCAGAAGAAGAGCCCAGCCAUUGGAAAUGCGGCAGCCACAAAAGCAGGAAGCAAGAAAGGCGGGAACGCCAAAGAUCCAAAGCAAGGGAACAUUAUGUCCUUCUUUAAGAAAGUUUAA